AUGUCCAUGAAAGAGGUGUUAAAGCUCGUGGGAUUGGGUGCUUUGGCUGUCACUCUGGGAGUGGAGUGCCUGGAUUGGUUGGCCCGUCGUCUUUGGCCGGGACGAGGCUCCCAUGGCCCCCUGAACGAAGUCCUCUUCUUCCCAUCCCCACCCGCCUGUGUGGAACACCUCUUCACACCUGCGAGGACGCUUCCAUGCUCAUGUUCCCUCCCCCACGGUGUGGAGACAUCAUUCGGUAAGAUGCUGGGUCACGUCCUGUCUGCGAAAGUGUCGCUGGACCUGUGCGUUUUCUCGUUCUCUCACGUGGAGCUGUGUCGAGCGGUGUUGCUGCUCCACAGCCGUGGAAUUGCCGUCCGGGUCCUCACCGACGCAGACUACAUGCUCAUCACUGGAUCCCAGAUUGGCGCCCUCCGCAGGGCAGGGAUCUGUGUUAGACAUGACGUAAGCAACGCAGUGCACAUGCAUCACAAGUUCGCACUGGUGGACAGACGCAAACUCAUCACGGGCUCUCUCAACUGGACGCUGACCGCCGUCCAGAGCAACAAGGAGAACGUCAUGGUAACGGAGGAGCCGGACUUAGUGCCGCCCUAUCAGAAGGAGUUUGAGAGUCUCUGGGAAGCCAGUGACCCAGGAAAACGCCACCCACAUUCUUUCAGCCAAUCGGAUUUCAGUGGACACGCAGCCUAA